CUCGCGUUACUUUAUGAAACCUUGGCUCAGCAAGGGUGCUUCACUGUCUUGAUUAUUUUAUUUGUAAAUAGAGAAAGAGUGUAGAUACUUAACAUAGAUAAUAUUGUCUCGGACACUCUGCUGGACGGUAAGGACUCAAACUAACAGGAAGUAUUGUGUUACCGGACACAGUUUUUUGCCUGCUAGCACAACAURAUCAAAGCUACCGAUGAGGCGGAGAUCUUAAACUGAAGUUAUCUCUGCUGUUGUAAUCCUACCUGACAAUCAUUUAUGGACGAUCAUCGAGUUACUUUGUCCUUAUUGUUCAAGUUUAUAUGUAACCUGGACGCUGCAGGAGACCGGAAGUAAAACAUUUUACAAAAUAAAUGUUUUUUGCUAUUAAAUCUGAAUUAAUUUCAUUCUUGUUUUUUUAAUGUAAUGGAUACAUUUUUACCCUGAGUGGUAGUGACUAUAUAUAACUACAGUUAAUCUUUGAUCAGGUUUUCUCAAGCUUAGUUUAGGUUGAUAUCUGAGAGUUAUAUUUUGAAAGGUCUGUUUUAGUUAUCUUGGACAUUUCUGAUCUUUAAACCCUGUUCUGGCAUGGCUACCGGAGGAACAGUGAGCUGCACCGUGUUGUACAUUGUGCUUGACAGUAUCAUCACUACUGUCCUGUACAUACAUGGCUCACAGCUGAGUAUAUUUACAAAAGAGUCUCUGGACUUUAACAUGUUUGUGUCYGCCUUGGACCUGUGGGGCACCCUGCUGCUYCGAGCAUCCCUCCUCCUGGGAGCCUCCCUAGGGGUGUCGUGGAACAAGAAGGACGGUCCCAGGAGAGUUGCCAGGUCCAGCACUCUAGUUCUUUUCACCUGCAUGGUGGUGAUGACCUUUGCCCUGGCCAAGCUGCUGAUGCUGACCGAGCAGGAUGUUCUGAGUCAUCAGUACUGGCUCCUCGGCCUCAUAUGUUGGACCUGCGCCUCCUCUCUCUGYGUUGUGCUGCUCUGGAGGCAGCUUGGGAGGGAGUCCAACCCGGCGAACAGUCCUGACAGCAGGAGUGGAGGAGGAAGGGGCUGUGAGGACACUGAGAAGCUGGUGGAGACAGCUGGUGAGGAGGAUGGGAGGAAGGAAAAAGAGGAGGUCAGCUCAGGGGCUACACUGGGACGCCUGCUCACCUACUGUAAGGAUGAUGGUGGSCUGCUUUCUGUCGCCGUCCUCUUCCUCCUGGUCUCUGCAGUUUGUGAAGCUUUCAUUCCGUUCUACUAUGGGAAGGCUAUAGACAGCAUUGUGGUUCACCAGAGCAUGGAGCACUUUGCUAAACCUGUAGUCACACUGGCUUUGCUGGCUUUUGUCAGUUCACUUUCCAUAGGAGUGCGUGGAGGAGUCUUCACCCUAACAUUUGCAAGAUUAAACCUUCGACUCAGGAAUCGUCUCUUCAGAACCCUGAUGGGGCAGGAAAUUGCCUUUUUUGACGAAAACCACACUGGGGACAUCCUUUCACGUUUGUCGGCCGACACCACCCAGGUGAGCGACCUCAUCUCCCAGAAUGUCAACGUCUUCCUGCGAAGCACCAUCAAGGGUUCUGGAUUCUUCAUCUUCAUGUUUAAGAUGUCCUGGAAGCUCACUCUGGUCACCGUCAUGGGAUUUCCUUUCAUUGCCCUCGUCUCUAAAGUUUAUGGUGAAUACUACAAGAAACUCACCAAAGAGGUGCAAACAACCCUGGCAGAGGCCAAUAAAGUUGCAGAAGAAACCAUCUCAGCCAUGAAGACGGUCCGGAGCUUUGCCAACGAGAGCGGCGAGGCCGACUCCUACUACACCAAACUGUUGGUCAUGUUCCAGCUGAACAAAAAGCAAGCCCUGGCCUACGCUUGCUACAUGUGGUCCAGUUGUAUGUCAGAACUUGCUCUUGAGGUUGCUAUUCUUUACUACGGAGGUCACCUUGUGCUCACUGGUCAGAUGAGCAGCGGAGGCCUAAUUGCUUUUUUYAUUUAUAUGCUUGAGCUGGGAGAGUGCUUUGAGAGCAUUGCAUCCGUGUACACAGGCCUCAUGCAGGGAGUCGGAGCUGCUGAGAAAGUGUUCGAGUAUCUGGACAGAAAACCGAAACAUCCCGCCGAUGGCACAGAGGCUCCAGACACAUGCACCGGUCUGGUUGAAUUUAAAGACAUUACAUUUGCUUACCCAACACGCCCUGAGACUGAUGUCCUCAAGGGAGUGUCAUUUACUCUUCGGCCUGGAGAGGUUACCGCCCUGGUGGGGCCUUCAGGCAGUGGAAAGAGCUCCUGUGUGAGUCUGCUGGAAAAUUUCUAUCUCCCUCAGCAAGGCCACGUGCUCCUGGAUGGAAAGCCUGUUCACAACAUCCAGCAYGAGUAUCUGCACUCUAAGAUUGCUCUGGUGGGACAAGAACCUGUACUGUUUGCCCGGACAGUUAGGGAAAACAUCAGCUAUGGACUGACUGAUGUUUCUCUGGAGGCUGUGGUGCAGGCUGCCACCAAAGCUAAUGCUCAUGACUUUAUAAGUGCUCUCCCUAAAGGCUAUGACACAAGUGUGGGAGAGAAGGGCACACAGUUGUCUGGGGGACAGAAACAGAGGGUGGCCAUUGCAAGAGCUCUCAUUCGCAACCCUCGUGUUCUCAUCCUGGAUGAGGCUACCAGUGCUCUGGAUGCAGAAAGUGAACACAUUGUGCAGCAGGCUUUGAACAACAUCAUGAGGGAGCACACGGUGCUGGUGAUUGCCCACCGGCUCAGCACCGUGGAGAGGGCCGACAACAUCAUGGUGAUCGACAGGGGCCAUGUGGUUGAACAGGGGUCCCACAGUCAGCUGAUGACRAGCGGCGGGCUUUACUGCAAGCUGGUGCAGAGGCAGGUCCUGGGCAUCGAGACUGGAGAGGAAGUCCUCAAUUCGUCAGAAAACGUCCGGUGGAAGUCUAAGAAAGGACGCCAGCAAAGAAAAGAAAGUAACUGCAGCAGCGGCAGCGAGUCGGAGCUCAGUAUGCGCUACUGAGGAUGAACUGUGMCGAGGAGGAGGAAAGUUAAUCAGGGUUAUUUAUGUUAAGUAACAUAAGAAAAUGAAAAGAACGGAGACAGUUAACACUCCACUGAACUGCAGAAUCUUUUAAUUGCUGUGUUUACCUAUAAGSUGAUUAUUAUGCAAUAAUACAGAGUUGAAUGUAUCGGCAUACCUUAAAAAGGUAAGGUUUACCAGUAGAGCAAAAACAUGGCUGUGACCACUAGAUGUUGUGUCAGCUUUAAAAACAGACAAAAUGCUGCUAUUUAUGCACUGUGUAUGACAAACAYAGCUGCAUCUGUUGUUUGUUGUUCUAAAUACUUCUUAAGAUAGUUUUUUUGUUUUUAAACUUUACACACUGGCAGAGGUGGCAAUUGUUGGUGUUUUAUUUUGCAUCUGUUUUGAGUGUGGAAUAAUACUGUAUAAAGACAGCUGCUGAUGUCUGCAAAAUGUGUUUAUUUUUCACCUUCUGAAAAAAUAAAUUAAAUCCAGGUAUCUGUAGCUGUCAGUAAUGUUGUAACAGGGUUUCUUUACAGUGGAGUGGGCAGCAAAGGUAUUWACCUAUUUUUAUUUUAUUUAUUUGUAUAUUGUUGUCUCAACCUGAGUUUAUAAUUGGAUUAUCAGUAAAGAACCUAAACAAAAUACUUCACAACAAAUGGAGAGGAAACUAUUAAAAUA